AUGGACACAUGGGAAGUUGUUAGGCAUUCCCAUUUCCCGUAAUACCAGCAGCGUGUGGGAAGUGCAGAGUCAGCUGCUCCAAAACACCACCAGCAGAUAAAAAGCCCAUUUGUCUCCAGGAAGUGCAGUAAGAAGGUGGGGAGACAUCCUGCUGCAAACAUGUCAGGCUGUCUGGAGUGUUAUGGGAAUAUACUGAAUGUUGACACAACUGGAGCUUCAGAGGCAACUGCAGGACCAGAAGGUCUGAGCUAUGCAGGAGUUGCUGCCUCACAGAAGAUUGCAGAAAAAGAUUUGAAUAACAUGGCAAAGUACCGAGCCAAGAUUUUAAAAGUUGGCAACAUCAAGUGUGUUGAUCCAGCUGUGAUUGCUGGUAUUAUUUCUCGAGAGUCACAUGCGGGGACAGUGCUGCAGGAUGGCUGGGGUGACUACGGAAAUGCAUUUGGUUUAAUGCAGGUUGACAAAAGGUACCAUAGGAUUGUUGGGUUAUGGGACAGUGAAGAGCACUUAGCACAAGGCACAGAGAUUUUAUGCUCGAUGAUACAGGAAAUACAGAAGAAAUUCCCAAGUUGGACAAAGGAACAACAGCUCAAAGGUGGGAUCUCAGCAUAUAAUGCAGGACCCAACAAUGUCCAGAGCUACAACAGAGUGGAUAUUGGCACAACACACAAUGACUAUGCCAAUGAUGUGGUUGCAAGAGCCCAGUUUUUUAAAAGAAAUGGAUACUGAGAUACCUGAGCAAUGAUUAGGUUUGUGUCACUGAUUGCAUACAUUGUUUCUAAUUAAGAAAAUCUUGGAUUUCUCCCCCAGAAACAGUAAGAAAGGGAGAAGAUAAUGAAGCCAGAAACAAGUAUAAGCUUUCGAUUUUUUUUUUAAUUUUGGCCAAGGCUAAAAAAAUAACUGUCAAAGAUAACACUACUGAUCAUCCAAGCUGUAACCUAUCUUUUAUCAUUUAUUUUUUUAUCCCACUUCACAAGAAAAUUUAAGCAGAGUUUUCACCUGUGCUCACAGUUUCGCAAGCAGCAGAUUAAUGCAGCAAGAAAAUUAUAACACUGCUUAACAAGAUUUUAUCUGCCUUAGAUUUUAUCUGUCAAUACAUGUGUCUAAGCAGUACAAAAUUGAUUGUUAACAAUUUGCAAUUUUGGAACUGAAUAUUUGCAAUAAAUACCAUAUACGUUAAUCUACCAGAAAAGCACAUCACUGUGUGUCAUAUACUUUUGGUAUAAUUUCUCUUAACUUUGGUGCUGUGACGUCACGAGGACAGCCAGGCAGCAGAGCAGGCUGCUCAGAGAGGCUGAGCUGUCCCUGUCCUCAGAGGUUUUGGACAAAGCCCUGAGCAACCUGGUCUGAUCACAGCUCUGGCCCUGCAUUGAGCAGGAGGUUGGACUACAGACCUGUGAGGUACUUUCCAACCUGAAUUUUGCCAUCAUCUUAAGUUGCUGCUUGUUCCCCACACAGAAAGGCAGCAUCUCUUACCUGUGCUUCAUGAAGAUUUACAUGAAGCAUUUACAGUGCUCCAUUAAUGAAAGGCUCUGGACACACACUGUGUUUGUGCACCCUGUUGGUUCAGGUUUUAGAGAGCAAAUCUUCAGAGAACUUAUGUUUAUGCAGAAAAGGUUUGGGAGAGCAGAUGGACUGUAUGACAGCUGUGACCUCGGAGGAAAUACCAUUUCAGAAACACACAAACUUACACAUAUAUUAACAAUUUUAAGAAAAUGCAAUUUUCUUUUUCACUAAAACUGCCAGCUUAUCAAUUAAAGACAGCUGUAAACAGCUCUAUUGUAGCUAAAUCUUGCUCAGGAAGAGGUACAAAAGCAUCUUCCCUUCUCUGUACUUGGGAAGCAAUUAUUAGCUCUGCUCUGACUUAAGUAGUUUAUCACACACUUUUUAUGUUGUGCACAGUACCAGGCAAGCUUGUUCGUUAACACAUUCAUCCCCGUUUACAUUGCAGUACUUUUGAAAGUUGUAGUGUCUGCACAGUGUAAUGAAUAUAAGAUCCAUAUUCAUAGCCAGACUGAGUAUGACGGAGCUGGCAGUGCUCCCUCUGUUGAAGAUUUACCAGGCUGCCAUGCUCUAUACACAAAUCCUGAGUGUGUUGGCCAGCCUGAAUGAUCCUGGCUUUGGUGCUCUGGGCCACCAAGCCUGGUACAAGUCUUUUAUUUGCUAUCCCUCAGCAACGCAACCCAUUUGCCUAAUUUUCUGGGCCCUAGUACUUGUGCCAUUUCUUUUAAGCAUGCCCUGUACCUUGGAUGCACUACACACAUCCUUCAAAAGGCCUGAAAUUUCAGCUUGCACUAAGUACUUCCCUUGGGAACAUGAUCAACACCACACAGACACUGCUGUUAUAACACACUGCAUCACACGACACUAUGCAGAUGCUGGAAGGAAGAAGGGAGAGAAGAAAAAGCAACAAUCACUUAUCUGCUUCACUUUUUCCUUGCUAUUCCAUUUACUUCAGACUGACACCAGUAUUUUCUGUGUCCUUCAAACUACAGACUGUAGUUUGUUGAGAAAUGGAUAUUUUUCAGUUCAAUUUCAUGUUUCUGCCUUCAGCCUACCCAUAGGAGCCUCUAUACUCUACAAUGCUACUACCACAGCCUAGCCUCUUUUUCUUCUGCACAUGGUGUCUGCAGCUUCUAUGUCCCUCUACCAGUAUGUCCAUUCAUUUGGACUCCUACUGGUGUUUACUCUUCUCUGCAAGCAUGCAGAAAAGAUAAACAUUGAUUUUCAGUGGUUGUAUCCCUCAGAUCUUCUCACAACAUACAGUCAUUAAGAUUAACUCCUCUACUCUGUGUCUAGUGUGGGAGCAGUUUACAGUGUAUUAAACUAUGGAACUUAUGCUUGCUGGAAUGCAAACUACUUUAUCACUUGAUACAGCAGCAGCUUCCUAACUUUGGCCACAAUUCUUAAAACUGUAAAUAAAAAUAUGCAUGCAAUACUAUUCAAUUUGUCAGUAAAAGGUACUAUUUUAUAAGCUUGAAGCCCAUAAAUAGUAACUUGCAUCAAAGAGGUAUGCUUCAGGGUCUCCAGAUUUCUAGUUUGCAAUUUUAGAACAGGAAAAGCAUCAACUUUCACAUAGACUGCAGCUCUUAAGUUAUUAUUAUUAAACAUUUAGGACCAAGAAAUAUGUAUGAAGUGAGAUAGCAUGUUUCCUGCAAGAAAAAUUAUAGAACCUACCAAGAUGUGAAUCAUUCCUCUUGUUACUCCCAAAUAGGAAGUUCAGGUACUUUUUAAGCUACAGAGGCAGUCAGAUGACAGACUGUUUGACAAGGAACAAGCAUGAGAUCUGGAUGACCAAGGUAAGACACCCCCACACCUGCCUCAAGCAAAUGACAGUCUCGGUGGAUAGCGAGUUGAUUCUCGUGUAACUGCUAAGCAGAGGGCUUUUCAAUUCCAGCUCCUUCCUUUGUGCAGUAAAGGUAAAGUCAUGCACCAGCAUCGUAAACCUUUACUGUUAGCUGUGAAAUGUCCUCACCAUCAUUAGUCAAAUCUAUUCUACUUCUCU